AUCGCAGUCGUUUCUUGCCUGUUUUGCUUUUUACUGUAUCCGACCGGAGUUCAGUACACCUGGCCGAAAAAGAUGACGACGCACUUCAGCAAUGUACUGCGGCAGGCAUUCAAAACGUUCGACCGGGCAAAUCACGCCAGCUUCAAUGCGAAUUUGCAGCAUCUGCGUCAAUUGACGGAUGAGCUGACCUACCGGGAUCUGCACCUCCGCGAGGAGCUCUUUCGCAACGUGGGAAGCCAUCGGGCACCCUGCAGCUACAUGCAUAUAUUCGAGGAUGAUCGCUUCUCCAUGAGCCUGUUUAUAGUGCGCGGAGCGAGCACUAUUCCCUUGCACGAUCACCCCAUGAUGUUCGGUCUGCUGCGCUGCAUCUGGGGUCAGCUAAUGGUGGACAGCUUUUCGCACCAGUUAGGCCCGGAUGAGCCGCUCACCUAUGACCCCCAUCAAACAGUGGUGAAGGUGAAUGUCGAGGAACCCAAAUUGGUCACGCCGGCUAGUCCGUGUGCCACAUUGACUCCUAGAAAGAGAAAUUACCACCAGAUUGCCCAAAUUGGUAGCGGCGUAGCCGCUUUCUUCGACAUUCUUAGUCCGCCAUACGAUGCGGAUAUGCCAACAUAUGGACCGCGACAGUGUCGCUUCUAUCGCGCCACGGCAGAGGGCAGCCAGGUGCAGCUGCACUGCAUCCCAUCACCGGAUACAUACUAUUGCGAUGUUGUGGACACGCCCGAAUCGGUGAUGCAGGCCGCUUUUCAGUGCGCCGACGAGGUCUAUGCCGAUAAUGCCAGCGGGACACAGUGAGUCGUUAUCUCGCUUCCCAGCAGCUAACACCCUCCUAUUUAUUUGCCCAUAAUCAACCGUUGGCUGAUCGUAUCAGCCAAGUAUCUUCUGUGUUAUUUAAAUAAAAUUGCCUCCUUUUUUUGUAU